AUGGCUCUGUCCGCCAUGCAGGCGGCUCAAGACAAGGGCCCGGUGAUAUUGGCUGUUGGCUGGAUCCUGAUUGCGAUUCCUGGUGUUUUCGUUGCGCUGCGACUAUAUUGUAAAAUCAUGCUGGCGAGAGGGCUCGGAUGGGAUGACGCUGUCUGCGUCUUUUCUUGGCUCUUGCAACUCGUUUACACGGGCUUGGUCACUAGAGGUGUGCAAAUGGGUGUGAUUGGAAGACAUGUUGACGCCAUCGAGAAUCAAAAUAUGAUACCCCAUGCACUGAAGCUCGUCUAUAUCGGCUUUGUGAUCAUUAUCUUUGGCUGCGUAUUUGCAAAGACCUCAUUUGUCAUCACCUUGUUGCGGAUCGUGACCCGUCCGUGGCAAAAGAUGGUGCUGUGGUUUAUCAUGAUCAGCAUGAACGCCAUAAUGUGGCUUUGCGGAAUUUGCUACUUGGCUCAAUGCAAGCCCACUGCUGCACUUUGGAAUACGGCGCUAAUGCCUACAGCCAAAUGCUGGCCCAUUAUAGUCUUUGAGAACAUCGCAUUGACAGCUGGAGCCUACUCCGGGUGCAUGGACUUGAUUCUCGCGUUAUUCCCUUGGGUGAUUCUCUGGAAGAUUCAGAUGAAGAAGCGUGAGAAGUUCGGUGUACUCAUAGCUAUGAGCAUGGGUGUCUUUGCCUCAGUAGCAGCCUUCAUCAAAACGUCAAAGCUUGUCAACGUCGCCCAACUCAAGGACUUCACCUACUACUGCACUCCAAUCAUCCUCUGGGCCUCGGCUGAAACGGGCUUGACAAUUUGGGCCGCCUCAAUCCCAGCCCUCCGCAUCCUCUUUAAACGCAUGCGCUCUUCACAGGAAGGAACAGACUAUUCCUCCGCGAACUAUAGCUCAAGGAAAGGGCGCACUUCAACACGCAGCGGAAGUAACGAAGACCGGUCGGAUCCAUACUAUUACAUGAAUGGUGAUAUGAUCACGCUCAACGACCGCAGGGAAGAUGCAAGUGAUAGGAGUAUCUUGGGUGAUUCGGGGAUCAAGCAGACGAGAGAGAUCUCGGUUACAUAUGAGCCUGGUCAGAGCGAGAGGGAUGAGAGCAACAUCACCUCAUCAGGCUAG